AUGAAUGAUCUUGAUAGACAACGCAGUUUAAACAUGCUAUAUGCUGCUCCUAGAACCCUUAGGCAUCAGUUAGAGACGGUUGAAACCAUGACAUCUGUUCGGAUUGGUGAUGCUAUCUUUCAGUGUCUCUCCGAGGCUGAGUCCGACACUGAUGAAGUUCAACAGCAAGCCCUCCAAACCCUAGCUUCCGUCACCAAAGUCAGUCCCCAGAACAGGAACUUGGUUGCACAAACAGAUGGAGCCAUCUCUACCCUUAUCAACCUAUCCAAAUCAUCAUCCCCCAACGUUCAAUUUCUGUCCCUGUCCAUUCUUUUCAAUCUCUCCCUCAACCCUAAUCUCAAGCAGUCUCUUGCAGAUAUGGAAACCAUAUCACACCUCAAUUCUAUGAUUCUCUCCUCGGCUUCCCUUGAAUUGAGCAAAUUAGCAACUUCCCUGAUAUGCAGCUUGGCGAUGCUAGAUAAGAAUAAGGCCAAGUUUGGGGUAGCAGGUACCAUUGAGACACUUGUGGAGGCAGUUUCAGGGCCUCGCUGCCCUGCCUCCCACUACCUGCUUAGUUCUUUGGCGGAGCUUGUCCAGUUCCAUGGAAACUGCACACUCGCUGUCCGUUCUGGAGCUGUUGAGGUGCUUCUGCAGAUUGUGGAAAACUGUGAAGGUGAGGACCUAGCCGGGACUUCUUUGGCUAUCCUCUGUCUCCUUGCCAGGUUUGAAGAAGGAUUGACUGCCCUUAGGAAGACACCUCAGGUUGUAAGUUCAAUGCUGGAAGUGUUGCAAGGGAGAUGCAGUUUCAGCAAGGAAGGUGCUGCUGAAAUACUUAUCCGCUUGUUUGAUGAAAGCGACGAGUGUGUGAGGGAUGCUCUGAGCCUGCCCGAAUUCACCUCUGUUCUUGCAGACCUCUCGGUUAGAGGGUCAGUGAGAGCUCGAGAGAAGGCUGUUUUGCUGAUGAAGAAGAUGGUACGGGUUGACUAUGAUUCUCAUGGUGACGGGAAUACUUUGCUUCUGCAAUGGUAG